AUGACCGAGUUUUUGCUUUUUAUAGACGUCAUGAAGAAUCGAUUUUCAACAAUCGAUGUGUUUGCGGUCAUUCACGAUUUGAAACCAUUGCAAGGACUUCGGGUGACGAAUGUUUACGAUGUUGACUCAAAAACCUAUCUGAUUCGCAUGCAUAUACCCGAUGAAAAAUGUUUCAUCAUGUUCGAAUCAGGAAUGCGUCUGCACAAAAGUGGUUAUGAAUGGCCGAAAGCACAAUUUCCGUCAUCGUUCAGUAUGAAACUUCGCAAACAUAUCAAACAGAAACGUCUGGAACACGUUCAACAGUUGGGCAUCGAUCGCAUAGUUGAUCUGCAGUUCGGUAGUGAUGAACGUGCAUCGCAUGUGAUCAUUGAGUUGUACGAUCGUGGCAAUGUGUUAUUAACAGAUCAUCAGUAUACAAUCCUGAAUGUGCUACGACCGCGUACCGAUAAAGACACUGAUGUUCGAUUCUCGGUUAAGCAGACGUAUCCAAUCGCGAAUGCACGACAGUGCUCUAUGCAACCGUCAACAGACGAUUUAUGGAAUAUGCUCAAGAAUGGCAAGAAAGGCGAUUCACUAAGAAGAGCACUCGCACCACUCACGCAUUAUGGCCCGGCACUUAUCGAGCAUUCAUUGCGUUCAGUUGGCAUUCCGAAUAAUGCACAGGAAUUCCAUCCUUAUCUUUUCGCACAGUUCGAAGCGAGUAAUCACCGAGAGUAUGCAACAUUUUCGGAAUGCGUCGACGAAUACUUCUCAAAAUUGGAAUCGCAAAAAGCUGAUCAGCGGGCGUUGAACGCUGAACGAGAUGCAUAUAAGAAACUUGAAAACGUUAAGCGUGAUCAACAGGAGCGCAUAGAGUCACUGGAAAUGGCGCAAGCAGAGAAACGAGAAAUGGCCGAAUUGAUUGUAUUGAACAAUGAACUCGUUGAUAAAGCCCUUCUCAUCAUUCGAUCAGCUAUUGCUAAUCAAAUGAGUUGGGAGAUGAUUGAAGAGAUGCGUGUGAAAGCGUGUGAAGCGGGUGACCCUGUUGCGUCUUCAAUUGUUGGUUUAAAUCUGAAUUCAAACGAAAUGAUUCUAUCGCUUCGGGAUCCGUAUUAUGACGAAUCGACUCCUAAAAAGGUACCAAUCGAUAUAUCGUUGUCGGCGCAUCAGAAUUCGCGUAAAUUCCAUUCAGAAAAAAAGGCUGCAUUCGAGAAAGAGCAAAAAACAAUCUCGUCCUCAUCGAAAGCAUUGAAGUCAGCACAACUGAAAACCAAGGAAACGCUCGCUACAGUACGAGCUAAAGCUGAUGUGGUUAAAUCGCGUCGACAAAUGUGGUUUGAGAAAUUCUUUUGGUUUGUUACUUCAGAGCACUACCUUGUUAUUGCUGGUCGUGACGCGCAGCAAAACGAACUACUCGUUAAAAGAUACUUACGGCCAGGCGACAUAUAUGUGCAUGCAGAUGUUCGUGGUGCAUCAUCGGUAAUAAUUCGAAAUAAAGUGAAUGGAGGUGAAAUACCGCCGAAGACAUUAAAUGAAGCCGGUUCAAUGGCUGUUUGCUAUUCAUCCGCAUGGGAUGCUAAAGUAAUCGCGUCAGCUUGGUGGGUCUAUCAUCAUCAGGUUUCGCGCACCGCACCAACGGGUGAAUAUCUAACACCUGGUAGUUUUAUGAUUCGCGGAAAAAAGAAUUUCUUACCAUCGUGUCAACUGCAAAUGGGAUUUGGUCUGAUGUUCAAACUUGAUGAAGAUUCUCUUGAACGGCAUCUGAGCGAACGUAAGGCAGUGAAUAGUGAACUGGUUGACGAUAGUGACAGUAAGGAUAAAUCUAUACUGAAUGAAGCGACGACACAUAUGAAUCAGUUGGAAUUAGAAAAUGAAGUUGAUAUUGAGCUGGAUGGUGGGAGUGAUUCCGAAGGUGACGAACGCAAUUCUGAACUGAUUGAACCUGAGCUUGAUGAGCAAUUCCCUGACGUUCAGGUAAGUUUGAGCGGUAUUGUGAACGCGAAUGGUAGCGCUAAAGAAGAGGAGGAAUAUUCCAUAAUUCAAUUAGGACCGACUAUUGAUAGAAACCGAGCAGAAAAAGAGCGUGAGAAAGAAAAGUUAGUUGAAGAGAGAAAAGAGGUGAAUACGAAGAAGGAUAAUGCCAACAAACCGUUGACGAAAAGGCAGAAGCAUAAAGCACAGAAGAUCAAAAAGAAAUAUGGUGAUCAGGAUGAAGAAGAAAGUAUUCUCAGGGCUCAAUUUUUGGGAUCUGUUUUCAAAACCGAUGGAAAGAAGCAGCAAUCAGGUUGUGCAAUUAGAAUUAUUCUUAAAGUUGACUCGAUAGAGACAAAACGUCGAACACAGGCAACAAGGAAAACUGAGGUAAAACAAUUGAGUGAGGAGGAGCCGAUGCAGCUGAACGUAGAGGCGGAAACUGUUGAGAAACAAUCACCAGGAACGGAUGAACAAACUGCUCAACCAGUGGCAUCAGCAAAGACAGGGGAAGAGCAGGAUGAUGACGAUAUGGAUAUCGAUGAGACUGAUUUGCGACGGAUGGGGGAAGAGGAAACGCAAAUGCUUGAUUCAUUGACAUGGAAACCGCUAGCGGAUGAUAAUCUUCUGUAUGCGGUUGUUGUUGUUGCACCAUACAAUACAAUGCUCAAUUUCAAAUACAAGGUCAAAUUGACACCUGGAACCGGUAAACGAGGCAAGGCUGCUAAGAGUGCCAUCGCGCUAUUUCAGAGGGAUAAGAGCGCAUCAACGCAAGAAUUGAACUUAUUACGUGUUCUUGCAUCAGAUGAUCAAGUUUCGCGUAACAUUCCUGGCAAAGUGCGAGUGUCAGCACCGCAACUUAAUAAAAAAUAA